CGCCGGGGGAGCCCUCGACCCGCACCGCACAUCACAGCCGCCCCCAACAACAGAGGCCAGGCCAGACCAGACCAGACCGGACCAUGGUUUACGGCGGAGAGGAGGCGCUGAUGCGGCAGUACUCCAUCGGCGACGAGAUCGGGCGCGGCCGCUUCGGGACGGUCCGCCGCUGCCACUCCAACGCCACGGGGGAGGCGCUGGCCCUGAAGACCACGCCCAAGGCGCCGCUGCGUGACCCGCUCGACUUGGCGCUCGCGGAGCAGGAGCCCAAGCUGCACCUCCUCGCCUCCUCCCCGCCCUGCAGCCCGCACCUGGUCGCGCUCCACGCCGCCUUCGACGACGCGAACGCCGUCCACCUCGUCGUCGACCUCUGCGCCGGCGGGGACCUGCUCUCCCUCCUCUCCGCCCGCGGCGGCCGCCUCCCAGAGCGCGAGGCCGCCGGGCUGGCCGCGCAGCUCGCGUCCGCGCUCGCCGCCUGCCACCGCCGCGGGGUCGCGCACCGCGACGUCAAGCCCGACAACCUCCUCUUCGACGCCGCCACGGGCGCGCUCAAGCUCGCCGACUUCGGCUCCGCGGAGUGGUUCGGGGACGGACGGCCCAUGUCGGGCCUCGUCGGCACGCCAUACUACGUGGCGCCCGAGGUGGUCGCCGGCAGGGAGUACGGCGAGAAGGUGGACGUGUGGAGCGCCGGGGUGGUAGUCUACAUGAUGCUCUCGGGGGCCGUGCCCUUCUACGGCGCCACCGCCCCGGAGAUCUUCGAGGCCGUGCUCCGCGGCAACCUGCGCUUCCCGCCGCGCGCCUUCGCCGGCGUCUCGCCCGAGGCCAAGGACCUGAUGCGCCGCAUGCUCUGCAAGGACGUCUCCCGCAGGCUCUCCGCCGAACAAGUCCUGAGGCAUCCGUGGAUCGCGAGCUGCGGCGGGGAUGCGGUCGCGGGCUGAAGAAAUCGAUGGACCAACAUAAUAUCGACGCGCUCCAUCCUCCCUGUAGAUAGAAGAUCUUCUCCGCAGGCAGACGACGACGGCUCGGUCUCUGCGGCUCUGCUCUGUUUCUCCGGCAAAUCGGCGAUGGACAGAAGCAGCGGUGGCGCCGGAGUUGAGUUCAGUAAGUAGAUCCUUUACUUUAGGUCUAGGGGUCUCUGGUGAAGCUGGAAUUGCAGAAGCUUUCGCCUGAAUUAGCCUGAAUGUGUGUUUGUUCGUCGUGUCUGUUCUCUGAAUCUCUGUACAUACAGUCUUGUUCAGUUCUAGCUGAAGAAGAGAGAGGGUUAGUAGUACCUCGUGGAACUUAGUAGGCAGGCUUUGUUAAAGAGGAAUGGAAAUGGAGCAAAAAAAUAUGUGCAUGUUCUUGUA